CGGUGAGAAAUGGGGAAGUGUGAAAUUCCCUGGGAUUUUUUUUUAAAGUUUGUUGUAAGCUGCCUUCAGCACGUGAAUGCUUAAAAUAAGCCCCAAAAGAUAAAUGGGGGGAGUUGUCCUCCUAGGCCAGUAAACGCGUGUUUUAUUUACGCAGAUAUUUCCCCCCUGCCUUCCCCAGUGGCUCACAUCACGGUCUUUAUAUGGAGAUCUCUGCCUUCCAGAGCCCAGCAGCCUUUGGGUGGCUGCCCCACUGGUGUUUCUGCUGGCCUGGUAGAUUUCUGCCCUGGUCAGUAGGCCAAGGGGCAGGGCUGUCCCAACCCCUUUGGAGAGGCCUUUGGCCUUCCCCUGGGGCGAUGCUUCGGGGCCAGCCAGGCCGCUUUCUGCUGUGGCGCCUUAGCGCUGCCUUUGGCUUGCCUGUCCACCAGGAAGCAGCGGUGACUCGCCCUAGCCUGCGCCAUUGCGCUUCCCUGGAACUUAACUGAGCUUGGUUUGCUUAACUCUAUAGGGUCAUUGGUGUGUAGAUAUGGAUGGCCGAUGUUCUUGUGCCCCCUCUUCACACUAGGUUUUUUCUGCACUUCAGGUUUGUCUCUGUUAGGAAGGCCGACCCCUUGUGGUUAAAACCUGGGGCUCCCAAGUGUUACCCUCACGUUGGGGCUAGACAUUAAUUUAAAUGGCGACCGAUCUGUCCGAAGCUGAUCCUGCACACCGUAAGGCGUUUGCACUCUUAACAGGAGAUCCCCUGGACGAGUGGAGUGAGAAGGUCGAAGACGGCACCAUGCCAAUCCGCCGAGCUGUGAAUUCUGCUCGAGAAACCCCUCCCAAAACCAAAGCUGCCGAAGCAGAAGAGGCCAAGCCAGAUCCCGAUGUCAGUUCUGAAGAAUCGGCUUCCACCGUAGAGGAGCGAGGGAAUGAAACUCCACCAGCCACAUCGAGUGAGGCAGAGCCACCAAAGGAGCCUGAGGCUGGAGAGAAGGCAGAUGGGCAGGCUGCCGAAGAAGCCCAGAAGGAGGAGAAGGAUCAAGCUAAAGAGAAGGAGAAGAAAGUCAAGAAGACCAUUCCAGCCUGGGCUACCCUCUCUGCUAGCCAGCUCGCCAGAGCACAGAAGCAAACUCAAAUGGCGGCGUCCUCCCGCCCCAAGAUGGAUGCCAUUCUGAUCGAGGCCAUCAAGGCGUGCUAUCAGAAAGGCGGGGCAUCGGUUGUCGCCAUUCGUAAAUACAUCAUCCACAAGUAUCCUUCGCUGGAACUGGAGCGGAGGGGCUACCUCCUCAAGCAGGCCCUGAAGAGAGAACUGGAGCGGGGGCUGAUUCGGCAGGUGAAAGGAAAGGGAGCCUCUGGGAGCUUCGUGGUGGCCCCAAACUCAGGGAAAACAUCUCAGAAGUCCAGAGAUCGGAAGAGGAGCACUUCAGCUUCUGGGCCGGAGCAGCAGGUGAAGCUCGAAGAUGUCCUCCCGCUGGCCUUCACCCGCCUCUGUGAGCCAAAGGAGGCUUCCUAUAGCCUGAUUAAAAAAUACGUCUCUCAGUACUACCCCAAGCUGAAGGUGGAUGUGAGGCCCCAGCUGUUGAAGAACGCCCUGCAGAGAGCCGUGGAGAAGGGCCAGCUGGAGCAGAUCACGGGCAAAGGGGCCUCUGGGACAUUCCAGCUGAAGAAAUCGGGGGAAAAGCCACUGCUGGGCGGGAGUCUGAUGGAGGAUGCGAUCCUGUCUGCCAUUGCGGCCAUGAACGAGCCCAAGACCUGCUCCACGACUGCCCUGAAGAAGUAUGUCUUGGAGAAGCACCCAGGGACAAACUCCAGCCUCCAGGUUCACUUACUGAAGAGGACCCUGCAGAAAUGUGAGAAGAAUGGAUGGAUGGAGCAGAUCUCCGGGAAGGGCUUCAGCGGCACUUUCCAGCUCUGUUUCCCCUACUAUCCCAGCCCUGGAGUUCUGUUCCCAGACAAACAGAAAGAGGACAGUUCAGAGGAGGAAGAGGAGUCUGAGGAGGAAGAGGAGGAGUCUGAGGAGGAGGAGGAGUCUGAGGAGGAAGAACCACCUCCCAAGAAACGGAUGCAGAAGCGGCCCCCACCGAAAGCUCGGAACAGGGCCCCUCCGGUGAAGCGGCGAGAGGCCAAGCCCAAGCCGCGCAAGGCCCCUGCGGUGCAUCGUGGGAAAGCCAGGCCCCCUCCCACAGUCAAAGCCCCUGCCAAGAAAGCCAAGCCAGCACCCCCCCGGGCAGCUGUCAAGAAUGCCAAGCCAGCACCCCCCCGGGCAGCUGUCAAGAGUGCCCCUAGCAGCAGCCCUGCCCCCAAGAAACCAGCUGUCGGCACCCGGAAGGAGGUGAAGCCCACUGCCAAGAAGAGCAAGCCCACCAUGCGCAAGUCCCUGAGGGCAAAAAAGUAAGCGCUUCUCUUGGCAGAAGGGCUGCCCCGAGAGCCCUCGCCCACCUCAGGUGGCUUUGUACGGUCAAAACACAUUUGUAUCUUAGUUCAACGCUUUCAUAUUUCUCUCUCCUUUUUUUCUCCCUUCUUCCUUAAUCUGGGGAGAAAAGCAGAAACUCAAAGUGAGGUCUACAAUCUAAGCCUUUCCAAGAACCCUAGGUUCUGGUCCCUGGGCCUCCCCCCUCUCCCUCACACCUCUCCCUGGGCUCAGAACCAAGCACCAGUAACACAGGACUCCGAAAAGCAAAAGCUCACCUGUGCAGGGUGCAACUUGGCUCUGAAUGCUGGUUGCAAAGAAGAUUUCUAUAUUUCUAGAAAGUGUGGAAGCCAGUCCCUGGGGAGAAGAAAGAACUGGCUGGAAGGCCCUCCUUGCCCCUGGCUGAGGAAGGCCUUUCUUUCAUUUUGGGGUCAGUCUCCUCCGAGGGUCUGCCGGAGGAUCUGGCAUGUCCCCUGCCCCCCCCCAUUACUUUUAGUAGUGUGUUUUGUUGUUUAGCUUAGUUACACCCACCCACCCCCUUCCCAGGAGUCAGGCUCUCUUCUUCAAACCAGGUGUAUAUCAAAGUCGUCUUGACUCCAGCUUUUGAAACUUCCUUUUAAAGAGAGAGAGAUGAGGAAUCUUGAGUUUUUGUCACUUGUUGCCCCUUUUUUAAAGAAAAAUGUCAGAGAAAUUAUCUGAUUGCUAAUGUAGAGCCAUUAAGAAAGAAACUUGCUGUUUGCUAAAAUAAAAACAAGACUCCAA